AUGAAUCUUGCAUCUGCGCUCUCGUCCGCGACAAUCCUCCAUGUGCAAGCCGUUCCCAUCUACUCACCCACACUAGCCCUACGGGUCGAGACGUGCCGCCAAACAUUGAUCCUGAGAGCAUCUCAUCUCACUCUCGCCACCCACUCGCAAGCCAAGGGCCGGGCUGCGGUGACAGAUCUCCGCGCCGAUGCGGAAGCGCACUCGACGAACCCAGAUACUUGUAUCGACUUCUCUAUUCUGAAUCUGGCCGAUUAUGACUCGGAGUUUCGCUUCAUUCAGAAGGUCAAGGCCAACCUUUUGGAGCUGCAUAUUGCCCUUUGCCAUGCCGACAUCAAUCAUUUCCACUACAGACGCAGCAAGAGUGGCUAUAAGAAGAUAAUGCAAGGUAUGCCUCGCGUUCUUGCCUGA